AUUUGUGCGAUGAUCGCAUCAGUCGACCGAAAACAAAAACAAACACACUGAAGAUGGAAAUAACAAAGAGAUGGCAGUAGUGCGUUAAAUUUAACCUUAACCCCUCUCGUUUCUUCUAGGGUCGUUUCUAUUUGUUGAAAAUUGAAAAAUUUUAAUUACGUCCCGUCUUUGUUAAUGAUAUUUGUCUCAAUUAGCGCAGUGGAAAGUCGUCCUUGAUUCGUAAGGACGCACGAAACUGCAACGUUGGAACACAAUGGCCAAGGAGGAGGAGGAAGAUCACCUCCCUGAUAAAGACGCGGCGAAAGGCUUCUACGCGAAGUACGAGCCAAAGGAAAUCCUGGGAAAGGGUAUCAGCUCGACGGUGCGGCGGUGCAUCGAGAAGGAGACGGGGAAGGAGUACGCCGCGAAGAUUAUCGAUCUGAGUGCAGACAGCGAGGACGGUCCCUCCUCGUACGAGCAGGUCAAACAGGAGAUUUCCAUCCUGCGACACGUCGCCGGCCACCCGUACAUAAUCGAGUUGCAGGACGUUUUCGAAUCUAGCACGUUUAUUUUUUUAGUUUUCGAAUUAUGUAAGCAGGGCGAACUGUUCGACUACCUCACGUCCGUCGUGACGCUCUCCGAGAAGAAGACCCGCUACAUCAUGCGACAGGUGCUGGAAGGCCUGCAGUACGUACACGGUCGCGGAAUCGUUCAUCGUGACCUCAAACCGGAGAAUAUCCUAUUAGACGAUAAUUUAAAUGUGAAAAUUACCGACUUCGGUUUCGCGCGAAAGCUCGCGCCCGGCGAGCAGCUGUUCGAUUUGUGCGGAACGCCCGGAUAUCUGGCGCCGGAGACCCUACGGACGAAUAUGUUGGAAGAUGCCCCCGGUUAUUCCUAUCAAGUCGACAUAUGGGCGUGCGGUGUCAUAAUGUAUACCCUCUUAGUAGGUUGUCCACCAUUUUGGCAUCGAAAGCAAAUGGUAAUGCUCAGGAACAUAAUGGAAGGAAAGUACUCGUUCACAUCACCGGAAUGGGCGGACGUCUCAGAAGCGCCGAAGGACCUGAUCCGUAAAUUGCUGGUUGUCGAUCCGAUGAAGCGCAUCUCCAUAGCCGAGGCGUUACGCCAUCCGUUUUUCUUGAGCGUUCAACUAUGGGAUCAGGACAUUGCCCCACUUAAGCAAUCGUUGCACCGUAAAAGCCACCGCUUCAGUGUCAUCUCACAACUGGUUUGGAAAUUGCAACAGCGCUCGUUUCAUCCGAAGAAGAAGUUCCAGUGGGCGAUUCGAGUGGUCCGCGCCAUGAUACGUAUACAACGGUUGCGAUUUACGCCCGAGCCGCUUAGUUUAGACAUCGCGCGCGUCGACCCCUAUAGGAUUAAGUUAUUGCGAAAAGUCAUCGACGGUUGCGCGUUCCGUGUCUACGGCCACUGGGUGAAGAAGGGCGAGGGACAGAGCAGGGCGGCGCUGUUCGAGAAUCUACCGAAGACGGAACUGAAACAUAUCUAUGUUACCAAUUUGAGUAGAUAACUAGGAAUUUUAAAUUUUGUCUUUAGUUCAAAUUUAGCAAAAUUUUAUAACCGAAUUGUAUUACUAUAAAUAUCAAUUUAUUUAUUGCGAUAAUGCGUUUUAAGUCGACCGUGACGUAGUUACCAAAAGAGACCAAAUUUGUGUGCUUACUAAACGGGCACGUUUUAGUAAUUUUCUUGUUCAUGUUAGUAUUUUUGUUAUAGAAUUGUAUGUAUGAUGAAAUAAAAUGAUUAAAUUAAU